AUGGGCACAAUAAAUGUCAUCCUUGCUGCUCCGGGAAGGACCGGCUCUUAUCCUUCCAAAGUAAUGUUUGUGGCUCGGCUCUCCACCGAGGACAAUGAUCGGGAGUCCAAAAAGGCCAAGAAAGGAGCCUCGCCUGUGCUGGGAUUCUCGGACGAAGAUAAGAUUGGAACCAUCCAACCCCAUGACGAUGUUCUGGUAGUUACACUCAGGAUUGGGGAGUUUGAUGUGAAGAUAGUACUGGUAGAUCAGGACAGUGCUGUAGAAGUAAUGUACCUCGACCUGUACAGGGGGCUGAAUUUAAAACCCGAAAACCUAACGGCGUACGAUUCCCUUGUAGUAAGUUUCGAGGGGAAGACCAUUACUCCAAGGGGCUAG